GCAAGCACAAAGCAGACAAGCACAAAGUGGGCAAGCACAAAGUAGGCAAGCACAAAGCAGGCAAGCACAAAGUAGGCAAGUACAAGAUUGUCAAGCACAAGGUGAGCAAGUGCAUAAUAGGCAAGCACAAAGUGAACAAGCACAAGGUGGGCAAGCACAAGACAAGCAAGUACAUGAUAAGCAAGUGAAUAGUGGGCAAGCACAAGAUGAACAA